UCCACCUCUUCCAUCCCAACAAUCACAGUUUUCUCGAGCUUCCACAAUCCCAAUAAUUCUUUUGGCAGAUUUUUGUGUAGGCGAUCUUUAAAUAGUGUUGUCUGGUGUGUAAAUGCAGAGUUCAAUGCUCUUAUGUUUUUCAUGGCUGUUGCAUGUUUCCUUUUUAUGGCCUCCGUACACUCAAACUUUUACUGUGACUUCUUUUGCUGCAAAGAGUUGAGAUUUCUGAAUUGGUAUUAAAUUCAAUUUAAUGACAUGGUGGCCUUGGUACACAUUUAUAUGCUGUCAUGCUGUGCGUGCUUUGGACUACCCACUGAACAAGGAUCUACUGAUAGCCAUUUCCUGACUCCUGCUACUUUCUUGAGCUUUAAAGGUGCUCAUGGAGAUUAAGGACAAGGAAAAAAUAUCAACGAUGGAUGAUUAUGAAGUGAUAGAGCAGAUAGGCAGAGGAACAUUCGGAGCUGCAUUUCUCGUUCUUCACAAAUUUGAGAGGAAGAAGUAUGUAUUAAAGAAGAUUCGAUUGUCUAAACAAACAGAGAAAUUCAAGCGUGCAGCACAUCAAGAGAUGAAAAUAAUAGCACAGCUAAAUAACCCGUAUAUUGUGGAGUACAAAGAUGCAUGGGUGGAAAAGGAAUGCUGUGUGUGCAUUGUGACAAGUUACUGUGAGGGAGGAGAUAUGGCCAUGGUGAUAAAGCAAGCUAAAGGAACAUUUCUUCCGGAAGAGAAGCUCUGCAAAUGGCUGACCCAGCUGUUGCUAGCGGUUGACUAUCUCCACUCCAACCGUGUUCUUCACAGAGAUUUAAAGUGCUCCAACAUAUUCCUUACAAAAAGCAAUGACAUCAGGCUAGGUGAUUUCGGACUUGCAAAACUACUCAACAAAGAUGACCUUGCUUCCUCGGUUGUUGGCACUCCCAUCUACAUGUGCCCAGAGCUUCUGGCAGAUUUACCAUAUGGAUACAAAUCGGAUAUAUGGUCAUUAGGUUGCUGCAUGUUUGAAAUAGCUGCACAUCAACCUGCAUUUAGAGCUCCUGAUUUGGCAGGACUUGUUAACAAAAUAAACCGAUCAUACAUGUCACCACUUCCAAUUGUGUACUCUUCUGCAUUGAAACAAUUAAUCAAGAGCAUGUUAAGAAAGAACCCAGACCACAGGCCAACAGCUGCAGAGCUGUUGAGGCAUCCCCAUUUACAACCAUACCUUGGUCAAUUCUCCAAUAUAUCACCUGUUUUUAUUCCAGUGAAGUCUGAAUGCAGCAGCAAAAUUAGACCAAAAGGAACCCAACUGUCUAACAAAGUUAGUGUUGGAAAAGACACCAGAGGUGGAAAGGCAAGGUCUUCAAAGAAUUUGGGAAGUGAUCAGGUAGGAAAAGCACAUGCAUUCAGUAACGCACUGGCAAUGGAAACCAACAUCUCUGGUUUUGUUGAAAUUGAAGUUGAGACAACAUCUAAAGCAGCAAAGGGUUCUAGAGUUAUCUCCAAUUCUGUUGAAAACAUUAGAAAUGCCUACUCAGAAACUGCCUUGGUGGAUAUGUUGUCAGUACAUGAAGAUAGGAAACAAGGGUGUGCCUCUAAGCACUCUCAGAUGCAAGAGGUUCAGUCUCUUGUCAGAGAAGCUCACAUAAAGGGUGGGAGUGCCAAUGAGAAAGGUCAUAAGAUAGUGGCAACUUCAUGUGCAAAUUGCACCAGUUGUGAUGGCCUUUCUGGUAACCAAAUGGCAUCAGAAAAUGCCUUAUUAGCAAGUAAAGUCACACUUCCAUGUGAAAAUGAAUUCAAUGGAAGAGAAGAAAGUCUUAUCUCUUGUAAGAAAACAGGGAAAGAAGAUAUUCACGAAUUGAAUGGAGCUUCUAGUGACAUCUCAUCAAUGAGUACGCUGACCUUGGUUCAUGGUGAUGAAACAAGGAUUGAAUGGGACCCCCAAACUCAGCAAAGAGCAGAAGGUCUGGAGUCACUACUAGAGAUCUGUUCAGAUUUACUAAAACAGGAAAGGCUCGAGGAACUUGCAGGGGUGUUAAGACCUUUUGGUGAAGAAGCUGUGUCAUCAAGAGAAACAGCAAUUUGGCUGACGCAGAGCCUAAUGAAUAUUCGUAAAACUGGCAGUGCAGCCUAGCAGAAUGGAAUUUGAAUGGUUCUUCACUUGUAAUGUC